AAUAAACCCAGUUUGGAAGUUCUAGUCUCUGAAAACGCACCAGCAAACCGCCCUGAGUGAUUCACUCAGGCGUUCUUCCGCACAAAACCAUACGGACGCUUUGCUGUAACUUAGAAUUUUCUGAGUUAAUACAGAAACAGGAAUAUGGAUAGGCCUGGGAAAAUAUCAGGAAGUGGUACUGCAGGGUCAGCAAGGCGUGGAUCAAAAGCCAAGACCUCAUUACAGCUGCCUGGUGACUUUAUCGCUCUAGGUUCAAAACAACGAGCAGUGCCUAUCUCACUGUCUGAUGCUACUGAACCAAAGCCAGUACUGAGAAAAGGUGUUCUGGGUACAAAGCGAGAAGGAGUGCCUGUAGCUGUUAUGCCAGGUUCUAGCCUUUCUAAAAGGCCAAAGACAGCAGCGAGCCACAGUUUCACACCUCUGGCAAAGACCACUGAAAGUGAAAGAAGUGCAUAUGAGGCUAUAGCUAUUGAAGUUGACCCUAUUUAUUUGGUGGAUGAAACAUUGGAGGCACACGAUGCUGGAGAAGAGGAGAAGGUGGAGGGUUUACUCUGUGGUGCGGUAAAGCAUCUGCGUGCAAACCGCACCCGUCCAGACAGUGCCAUUUUUCUCGGUCUCAUGUUGCUUGUCAAAGAGAGGCCGUCCAUCUUUAAUGCUGACAUUGUGUUAGAGGCAUUUUGCAGUCUAUUACGGAGAGAUGUUUCAUACAGCUAUAAAUCAAAAGGGAAUGUGUUAGUACAAACACUAGCCUGUAAUAUUCUCAUGGCUGCAUUUCAAGAUGAAGAUAGUUGGCCAGAAACGUUUGUUAAGGUGUAUCUAGAAGAUGCUGUAGGAGAUAGAUCAUGGGUAGACAAUGAAGAUUGCAAAGGUUUUGUGGAGAAUAUCAAAACGGCUUUCAACACUAAAAGCCUCCCCAAGAACUUACAACAACCUAGUGAUGGAAUAAAGUCCUAUGACACCCCACCAAGUGGCAGUCCUAUACCGGUUGACGAAGACAAGACCACCGAUGUUCAUUCAUUUGAUGGGUCAUCUGGUACUGUUCCGGGUGAUACACAUAAUGCCACUGUUUUGCCAAGGUACAACUUCUUGCAAGACGAAGUGGAAACGACUGUGCUGGAUGUGGUGAGGGAGCAUCUCAUGCGACGGCAGCCGGUCGACGCCGUCUCGCGUAACGUGCUGCGCCUCCUGGUGGUGACGUGCGGCAUCGGCGAGGUGCGCCUGCUCGCCGCGCAGCGGCUGGAGAUGUGGCUGCAGAACCCGAAGCUGAUGCGGCCGGCACAGGACCUGCUCAUGGCCGUCUGUGUCAACUGUGGCCAGCACAGCCAGCAGGACGUCGAGCUGAUCAGCAGCCUGAUCAAAAUACGCCUGAAGACGAAGCCGCUGAUUAAUCACUACAUGAUGUGCUUUAGAGAGCUGCUGAAUCAGCAUUCUGACAAUGUGAGCACAAUUCUCAAGCACACGAUCUACAACGAGCUGUCAACUGCCCGCAAUCCUAACAACAUGGGCCUGCUGGCUGUCAUCUUCCAACACUUUCCAGACUCGGCUGCUAAGCUGCUGUCGCAGGUGUUCCAAGAUCUACUGAUGAAUAAGGAUGAUUAUCUACGUGCUUUAAGAGCACUGCUGCGUGAGAUCGUGCGUGCGCUAAGGCAUGACAUCAACUUCCCUGUCUUCUGUCAGGGCCUGAUGGUGGAGAGGAAGGAUUCGCUCUUCAGAGACUUGGAACCGGUACUCAAAGAAAGGUUUUUGGUGUCUGUGGUUGACAUGGUCACACUGUGUGUGUUGCUUGGAGUUACACCAGUGGUUAAAGACAGUGCUCAAUCGCGCGGGGAACGAAAAGACAUGGAAGCGUUACGGAACUACCAGCAACAGGUAGCUACAAUCCAGCGUGAUGCUAUCUAUUGGAUGUAUGUAACACUGCCGAAAAUGCACAAGCUUGGACAGCCCGAGUACAUUCACAGUCUACACAAGCUGCUGUUUAUGGAGCAAGUAGACACUUACUUUAACAAAGACAAUUGGCCACCCGAGGCAGAGAGAAGCACGAUUCUCCGCCUGGCCUCUGAUGUACCCCUACUGGAGGACACACUUAUGUGGAUCCUGCUAAUGGGUCUGUCCAAGGUGCUUCCCCUGAGUUGUCUAGAUGCUAUGGAACUUGCCGAUCACUUGGUAAAGCGAGCAGCUGCUCUCGGCGGUGAAAAUUUGGAUGUGCUCAGAGUAGGCCGACUAGAGAUCAUUGACAUGACCUUCAAUCUAUGUGCAUACCACCAUCCAGAGAACAUUUCACUUCCUGCUGGCUACACACCGCCAACACUCGCCAUAGCUAGCAUGUACUGGAAGGCAUGGCUCAUGUUACUCAUACUGACGGCACACAACACCGAGCGAUUUGGCCAGACGGCGUGGGAGGACUACCCGAUGCUGCGUGUAUUCAUGGAGAACGUGAUGACUAGCCAGUAUUCAUAUCCUCCUCCAUCGGCCAUCACCGACGACACUACAAUAGAUGAGCUGUGCAGUCGCGAAUUGCAGAUCGCUCAGCUAGAGAAACAGCAAGUGUUGGAAUUUGAAAGUCACUUGGCUUCAGCGUCGACCGGUGCUGCCAUCUCAGAAUCGAACAGCUUGCUGCUCUCACAACUGGUCACGAUGGAUCCAACAGGGUCCGCGAGAAAGCCAACGAAAGAAGUGUACGAGCAACUACAGAAACUCAACAAGAGCCUGAAGAUUGGGCAGUUAUUGUGUCGCAGUAGGAAGCCAGAUUUUCUGCUACAGAUAAUCCUGAAACAGGGAACUUCGCGGUCUAUGCCCUGGCUGGUAGAGCUCGUGCAAGCAUCUGAGAGUUCUCUGGAAGUUCUCCCUGUUCAGUGUCUAUGUGAGUUUCUCCUGCACGAUGUCACGGAGGAGGCAGAUGAUGUGGAUGAAGCAAAGGUGGAGAAGGCGCACAAGGAAAAGAAGCAGCUGAAACAGAAGCAGUUGCUGGGGCGGCUGCAGGCGCUGCUACGCGACCCAUGCGGCAACCUAGACACUGUCAGAGAGGUACUCCACUACUUCCUGCAGCGUCUGUCUUCUGCACAGGCGCCAACCAGGUGUCUCGCAAUUAAGGGUCUAUCGAUGGUACUGAUACCGCCAAAGGAUACACAAUCUGAAGGAGAAGACGAUGAGUCUGACACUGAAGUUACAAUGGAUACGGAUGAAGAUGAGGCAACAUCUCAUAAGUGGUUGCUAGUGCAGCUUCCUACAAUUGCAUUAUUUGAGCAAGUGAAACAGGAUGUAGCUGAAGCUUUGCGCCAGGCAUGUCAAGUGGAGACAGAUCCAUGUGCCCUCAGUGCAUAUGUCCAGUUUCUUGCCUCUCAUCUUCCCAUAUCUGAUAUGCAGAGAAUGGCUGCUCUUGCUCUGGACCUCGCACAGUUGAUAGUUGAGAGGCCUACGGUGAUGAACUACAUAAUGCCAUCAGAAUCCUGUCAGUUUGACGGCGCGUCUCGCACUCUGGCAGCCAUGCUGGAGAUAUUCACUGCUUACAUAAAACAAGCUAUGAUGCCUUCUAAGGAGGAAUAUUCAUGGUCGGAGUCGCAGGACCAGAUCCUCGUGCAGUGGAGCAGCGGCGAGGCGGCGACGCUGCACAUCCUCGUCGUGCAGGCGAUGAUCAUCAGCCUCACGUACGGCCCGCUGAAGAGCAGCGACGCACGCCACCACGAGCUGCUCGACAUCUGGUUCACGGCCGGCGGCGACACGCCGUCUGCGUACCUCGUCGACACGAGCGAGGAGGCGCUGCUCUUCCCCGACUGGCUGAAGCUGCGCAUGAUCCGCGCGAGCGUCGAGCGGCUGGUGCGCGCCGCGCUGCGCGACCUCGAGCCCUCGCAGCUCGUGCUGUUCGUGCAGAGCUUCGGCAUCCCCGUCACAUCGAUGGACGCGCUGCUCUCCGCGCUCGACCGGUGCGCGCGCGACGACGCGGCACACGUCGCCGACGCCGUCGCCGACCACGCCUACAUGGCGCAGCUCGUCGAAGUGCAGUGGCUGCGUGGCGCCAGCACGGGGCACGCGUUCCACCGCUGGCUGCAGGACGGCCGCGCGGCGGCAGCAGAGACACACCAGGAGGCGCCACCGCAGACCGGCGAGGGUGCCGCGUCCGUCGAUGAAUCACGCACGGACGCGCCCGCUCCGCCGGUUACCGUCGAGGCAGGCCCGCUUACGCGCGGCGCUCUGAAGGAUGUGAUUGCAAGGAUGUUUGCGAGCGAUGAAGUGGAGGUGGCGGGCUUGCGGAAAGAUGCAACAUUGCUGCAGCGCUCGUUAAACAAGGAGUUCCUCGAGACACGGUUGGAUUUUGCUAGAACGGAGGAGAUCUGUGAAGUCAUGAGUGAAUUUCUCACUGGCAAGAUGCGCGAUUCAUUCAUCAAGAACCUGCACGAAAGGUCGAGCAUAGCCAUUCCAUUGUUCGCAUUGCUUCAUCAUAUUCAGGUUUCCCAAGAGCAGAAGCUGGGUAAAGUCAAUCCUGCACUGUCCACCCUGCUUUGCACAGUUACUGCUUUAUCGGAGGGGUCAAGCUCUGCACUGGCGAAGGUCCUCCAGCAAGCUGCAGCCAAUUCAAGGAAGACGAAUCCGCAGGAAAUAUUGUCGGAUACGACCGACAUAUCUCAGGCUCUAACCAAGAUCAAUUGGGUAAAGGGCAGCGCAGAAGCAGAGAUGGAAGCAAUAAUGAGCAAAUACAUAGCAAGCAAGGGUGAUGCUUCACCAAUCCCACCAAUAAUAGAAGAGUUGCAACGAUCACCAUGUCAGCCACAGUCAGGACUGCUUGUUGAUUGGCUGGCACUAUUGGACCCUGAGACGGUCUCUGCAUAUCCAGAGCUUGAGGCGGAAUUACUGUUUAAGAGGCAGAAGACACCACCUAGUGAUGGCAGCAAGGAAACGCAUGCUGAGAGCAUGCCACAUCCAUAUCUGCUAGCUUUGCUUACACACCAGAGCUCAUGGAAAACCCUGCAUCAAUGCAUCGCCUUGCUUUGUGGUGAGCAGAAGUCUACUUAUAGUCCUGAAAUUGUGUUGGACUUUUUAUGGGCAUGUGUGCACAUACCGAAAAUAUGGCAAGGAAGAGAAAAGAAAAUACCAAAGCGAUAUGUGGAGGAAGACGUGCUGGCAUUGACCCUUCCUCAGCUACUCUCUAUGGUGGGCUACAUCCUGCAGGAAUCUUCAAGUACCCCAGAUUCACUCAGUCAGCGUUUACCGCUGCUGCUGCGCUGUUGCCGCCAUAGCAGGUCUAAGCUCCAGGCAGUCGUCAAGCUUCUAUACAGCCUCAUCAGAGCUCAGGGCAGGAGUGAGUGGAAGUGUGCGCAGAGGCUGCUCCUUCUCAUCUACCUUAACAUUCCAUACACAUCAACACUGCUGGACUGCACUGGUCCCCUCAUCACUGAUGCAUCUGGCAUACAGACUAUCACACAGCUGGAUGUUGCUACACAUCGUAUGGUGACAGCACUUGGCAAAACUGAUUCUGGAUUAGAAAUGUCGGUCGCUAACGUACAAUGUAGGAAAAUGGCCACUGCCCAUCCACUACUAAUUCUGAGACAGUUGCCACACAUCGCUGCAAUACUAAAAGGUCGCACGCUUCUCAACUUCGAUGAGUUUGCACAGAAGCGCCACCUGGCACUGUAUAGCAACAUGCUGGGAUUGCUUGAAUUGCUGCAGCCGCACUUGUUUGUCACGGAGACGGAACCCUUCCAUGAUGUGCUAGAUUCCUAUUUUGAGCUUUUGCAGAACUAUGCUCUGGACCAUGGUGACAGGGAGCUAGUAGAGGUCGUGAGACGAGUUUCUCAGCUGCUUCAUCAGUACAUGGUCACCGAUCCCCAGGCUGCAACGAAAUGCCUGCAGAAACACACGGAGCUACUGCAGAGCCUGGCCAGCUUGCACACAGAGCUGUCCACCCUGCGCUCACUCGUAGCGAGAGUUACAGUGUCCACAGGCGACACAGUGGCAGUGAGCAUGAUUUCCUCUCGACCUCCAUCACCUUGGUCAGCCAGUCAGCUGCAACCACUCAAGUUGAAGCUUAGCCAAUCGGACAGCACUACAGAGGUGGUUGAUGUGCUGCGCACGCUUGAGACGAUCGCCGGCCGCAAGGUCGACUGCCUCGCGCACGUGAUGCCGGAGCUGCAGGCGCAGCUUCACAGCGCCUGCGCCGAGGUUAGGAGCGCCGCGCACGACCUCAUCAUCAAACACCUACGUCACCGACCCAGCAGUUCAGAUAACUAUGUGCCAGUCUACAUGAGUUGCCUAAACAGCAGUAACCUGGAUGUCAUUGAGUCUAUGCUGAAGGUCCUUCCAGAAGUUGCCCUUCUCUGUCAGGAGCAUUCAGAACAGCUGAUCGAGAAAGCUUUCAUGGUUGCGAUGGAAACCAAAUUUGACACCAGUUCCUAUAUUAGUGAGACACUGAAGCUGUUAAGUGGACAAGUUGGCAGUUAGUCGAGGCAUUUGGCAGCAGAGUAACUGUUGGAAUGUUAGGAACGAGUCUUUGUCGACCCCACUGCGGUUAACUCACGCCUAAGUUCGGAACUGCAACAAAGACUGACACGUGACCUGACACAGGUUGAGACGUAAUUGUAGGAAUGCUGUUGCUGUGUUUACUGUGACUAUUAAGGUCUGUAUUUACAAAACGUUUCACCCCCAACGAAGCCGAUACAUGAUCCGGCACUUGGGUAAAAUACGUUAUGUGAAAAUACCGCGCCAGCGUUAUGAUCAUUGAAAGGACGGUGAAAAAGUCUGUCUAACACUGUCUGCCCAUAAACUUCCUGCUGCGAGGUUAUACUGUUAUAUGUAAAAAAAACAUCUGUUUUGAUGUCGUUUUUUACUUACUUAGGAAUGUGUUGCUUGUCUAAGCUGCAUAUAUGUACAAGAGCGUAUAAAGAAGGCCUUCUUUAUACGCUCUUGAUAUGUAAGUAUGUGUAUACAGAGUCUUUUGUAAGACAAAUGUUUUGUCUUGGUAUUUAAGAAUCGUGCUGCUGAAGAACCCCAAAAUUAUAAUGUCAUGAUCCUUUACACCAGGUAUCAACAAUGCCCUGGUGUGAUCAAUUAUACCUUGUCUUCAAUUAUCAUGUUUUUAAUAUUUAUCACUGAGAAGAAUUCGAUAGCAGGAACGUAAGCUUCCUGUACUCCACGUGUGUUCCAUCCGUGUAUUCCAUGCCCAUAUUUUCAUAAAAAUGCACAUUACUUGUAAAUGCAUAUAUUACUUUAUAAACUAAAUGUGACAAAAGUUGUGGAAAAAUCAUGUUUUAUUUGCUAUAUACUUACGUCGUUACUCCUAAAAUUACUAUACAGCAAUGUUACACCCACACGCACGCACGCACGCACGCACGCACGCACGCACACACAAGGAACAAAUUUCAGUAUGCAAAUAAUUUAGUGCUGCAAUCAUGUAUUCAUCAAGUUUCCAUACAUAGUCCAUACAAUACCCAAAUGUACACUUAUUGCAACUUCUAAAACCAGGUGAUAGCAAAAAAUUGACUAUUUAGAUCCCACGCAUUAACUACAAAAAUAUGUGCACUAUCAGCCAGUAAGAUUCAGCCUACCUGUGGUUACGGAGAACGUAAUUACUAUAUGCAUACUUCGUAUAUAAGGUGACUUGGUUAUGUACACAGAAAUGUUAAAAACACGUUUUUAAAAUGAAUAUAAGCAGAAGGAAGACUUGGGCAAUAAUUGUUACAUAAAAAUAUGGGGGUUGGGGUUCUUUGUUUGGCUAUCCAUGUUGUAUGAUUCAAAGUUAAAAACAAAUUGAAGGACAAAGUUAAAUUAUGCUUCAUCGUAAAUCAUAACCAUUCAUGCACGAUAAAUCCAUAAGUAUAUCAUAAAGCCACCAAGUAGUGUUCUUUCAAGCUUUUAGUCUUGACUAAAGAACUACCGGGCAUAAUUAUCAGACAUAUUUUUCAUAAUUCAUGAAAUGAACACAGCCACGUUACCACAGGCAUUGACACAGCAGGGAGUAUAGUAGAUUAACUAAAAGUGCCAUAAAUUUGUUUACAAAAUUAUAUAAUCUUU